AUCCCUCCCAAUUUGGUUGGUACAAUUAACGGGUCUGGGCCUAUCCAAUUUGUAAUAUCCACUUGUAGCCCAUCUCAUAUAUAAACCCGGUCGGCUUCAAUCGAUUUUUUGUUAGGGUUUAACUAACUUGUAAGUCAAGAAAUCUACCAAUCUCUUAAAAAAAAAAAAAAAGAGAGAGAGUAGAAAAUAGCAUUGGUGGAUUCCCCAAAGUUGCAAUGGAUCCUUCAGCCUUAAAGUCUGCUGAAUUGGAGCAACUUCUCAAUCAAGAGAAACAAAGGGCCAUGGUCAAUGAAGUAGUUGCAAAGCUUACAAGUUCCUGCUGGGACAAAUGUGUGACCGGUACUCCUGGAAGCAAGUUCAGCUCCAGUGAAUCUAAUUGUUUAAGUCACUGUGCACAACGAUACAUGGAGAUGAGCAUGAUCAUAACGAAACGGUUUCAGAGCAUGCAUUGAACAAAGAUUGGCCUUAUAAAAUGGACUCGAUAAUCUUUUUUGAUUCCUUCAAACAUUUCUGAAAGAAAAUGAAGUAAAAAAUUUUUGUUGCUCAAUACAGUUCAUGUGAUGUUACUUAUGUUAUUAAUUACUAAAUGCAAAGAGAUGCUCUCAUUUUUAUCU